UUGUAUAAAAUGCACUACAUACACAUACACCACGAUAUGGUUCAUGUUUAUGAAUACAAUUUAAAUAAUAAUAAUGAAAUUAUAUUUUUGAUAAUGAUAAAAAAAACCAUGUAAUUUAUUAAUUUUGAGAAUAUGGAUAACCAGAUAGAAUUUUUAUUGCCAUAACGGUGGAUAGCUGAAAAAAAUGCACAAUCUGUCCCAAAGACUGACACUUGGCUUAUUGUUAUUAUUGUUGGCAGAUAUAAUAUGGAUUGUAUCAUCAAAAUUCACCAACUAUGUUCCUUAUAAAAAUGACUACAAAAAGCCAUUUUUUUUUGCCUAUACCAAAGCUUCUAUGUUUACUAUUUACUUUCUGGUGUAUAUAAUAUUUAAAGAAUUGAGAAAGCCUUGCGGAAAUCAAACUAAUUAUAUGUUUGUUAAUUUUGAUACUAUUGAUGAGGAUGAUGAUGAUGAAGAUGAUAAUGUUUUCACUGAUGAAACUGAAAGAUUAAGCUCAGUCAGUUAUGUUCCCAUCAAAAAUCCUAGUAUGACCUCUGGUACAGAAAGUGAUGAUUCAGGAACUGCAAAGUCAAAUAACAAAGUAGUUCGAUUUAACAAAGUUGCUGAGGUAAGACAUUUGUCUGAAACAGAAGCUAAAGAAGCAUUAAUGGCUCGUUUAUCAUAUUCAGCUACAUUAAGGGCAAGAGAAAUUUGUCGUUUAUCAAGACAGCUACUUAAUCUUCAUCAAACAGCAAAACUAGCUUUUACAGUUGCACCACUUUGGGGUGUUGCUAAUUUAUUACAUCAAGUUUCUAUGGUUUACAUGGAACAUACUCUUGUGUCUGUUGUUAUGUCGACAACUAGCUUUUUCACUCUUCUGCUAUCUCUAUUUUUUGUUACACCUUCUACAGAUCGCUUUACGGUUGCUAAACUAAUAACUGUAUUAUUCAGCAUAACUGGAAACGUUAUAAUUACUUUACCAGAUUCUCAUUUUAGUUUUAGUGAAAUAAACAUUGGAUUUGCCUUAUCUUUAUGUAGUGCUGUUUUUUAUGCACUAAAUAUUGUUACUCUACGGUCUUGGGUGGAUCAUGAAGAUAAAUUAGAUAUUAUAUUAUACUUUGGUCUUAUUGGUCUAUUUAAUGUUCUGAUGUUCUGGCCAUUGUUUAUUUUUCUUCAUUAUUUUGAACUUGAAACCUUUGAGUGGCCCAACAAACAACAAGCAAUGUCAUUAAUAAUUAAUGGAGUUGUAAAAGCAACAUUGCCUGAAGUCAUAUGGUUAUGGGGGUGUUUAUUGACAUCAUCAAUUAUAGCAACAAUGUCUAUAGGAUUAACUAUUCCAAUGUCAAUAAUUUUGCGUGGCAUCUCCAGUCAAAACAUAUCUGAUCACGAGCGAUUUUCGUUACCAUCAUUUUAUUUAGGUUUAGUUCCUACAACAGUCUCUUAUUUUUUCCUUAUUUGGUUAACACAUCAGUAUAAUUAUAAUCAAAAUGAAUACAAUUGCCUAAGUCAUUGCCAGAGAAAAAAAUUAAUUAGGCUUAGAGAUGGUGAUGCUGAACAAGCAGAAUCUCUUAUACAAAUUCAUGAAACUGACAAAGAAGUGUGAUAUAAUUUAUUUAGAAAAUCAAGUUACUCACUAGGACUACUCUUAGCAUUUUUACCUCUUUUUGUGCAAUGUAUUUUUAGACAAUAUAAAUAUUAUUUACUAAAUUUUACAUAAUACAUGUAACCAGAAUUUAAAAUUAACAAAAUAAAUUCAACACAUUUUUACUAUAACUGCUUGAAAUUUAAAUAUUAAAUUAUGCUGUAGAUAAGUAUCAUCUUAUGAUAUUUAUGCAAUCAACAAAUUAUAAA